AUGAUGAAGUUUCGUAACAAUUGUGUCAAAAUGAAUGUAUCGUCAAUUGUAUCGUCAAGUGGUGAACCAUCGACUUCUUCAAUGUCCACAGAGAUCUAUUUACUGAAGCGAAUGGAAAGCCAUUGCCUUGAAUUGGAUUCACUGAACACUGAAUGCAGGACUAAAUCACCGAAACUGAUGUCUCAACGAUUACCACGAUUUAUGAGACGACGAGCUGCGAGUCAUAACCCGAAGAGAGUUCCCAAAUAUAUUCAACGAGUCAUUCACGACAGCAAACCGUCGGCUCUUCUCUCAACCCAUAGCAAGAAGAAGAAGACUAACAAUAAGAAGAAGAAACACAUAAAUGAAAGGAAACACGAAUUAAGUGUCAAACGAAGGAAUGAGAAGAAGGAGAGAACUAUUCUUCACAUAUGGUUUGCCAAACGUUUCAAAAUGAAAGUGUAUUUCAAUCGUUUGACUCCAAUCAAGAACUGCACUAAAAAUGAACGCCUUUUGUAUCGCAACUCAAAACAAGAUUUUGUAUUUAAUUAUCUGUCGAUUUAUAACUGCAUUGAAAUCGAUUACUCGAUGUCUGGAAGACAACAAUUGGUCAAUAUUGGCUGUACUUUUGGAGCAAAACUUUACGAAUCGGGAAAUAGAGAGGGAAUGACUGUAUUGUAUGCCUACGAGUCCUACCCUUUAAAGCCGUUGGUCUCGACAGCAUUCCUGUGGAAUCAAUCCUUUUCUAAACUCUGGAUUUGGUCUCAUAUUUCAGUUUAUGAUAAAGUAAUACAAUUACUGAUUGAAUGUUCGCAACAAUACUUUCCAAAUGAGUUCAAAUUUAUUGAUCGAAGCCAUCAAUUGGAAAGUGAAUCGGCGAAGAGUUUAUGGAAUAAGAUUACAGAAAACAGAGGCCAUAGAGUGGGAGGACUGCAUGACUUACAAAUGAUUUCGUUGAAUACGUCUUCACUACUGUUCCCCGAAUUUGGGUUCAUUGAUGUCGACGAGAAUGAGACAAAAGUGGCUAAACUUAAAACAUUGUUAAAUUCAGACACUGAGGAACCGUUUUAUGUGAUCAGAAAUGCGUCAAUACUUUCAAAACUAUCAAAAGACUUGCGUUCAAACAUUUUGAGUGAUAUUUUGGAUUCAAUAGAAAAGAGAAGCAAUGCUUUAAUUAAUGUAGAAAUUGUAUGCGUCGGACGAGGAGUUCCUCAAGAGUUUGAUUACAUCUGUAUUCCCAACGAAACCGAAAUCGAAAACAUAAUUCGGCAAAUAUUCAUUGGAAACAUCGGUUGGAAAGGAUUCGGAAGCAAAGAAAGCUCACAAACGCUAAAUGAGUUUGAGAUUCUUGAGUGUCUUCGAGAGGACAUCAGCAGUCAUUUGGCCCCAACGGGUCUGAACCUAAACAUUAUAAUCAUGACCGGAACCUCUUUGUUAUCGUUAAUGAGUGAUAGCAUCUGUUGGUGUUUCGGAAGCCAACAACUGAAUCCCAAAAUGCCGCCCAAAGUGAGGCCCGCGUACAGCGCGAGUGCCCCUCCCUGUGAGAAACCACCCAAUACUAUACGAUUGGCCGCUAUUCCAGACCUUUCCUCUUUCGCUAUCAACUCGUGGACCAGAACUGUGGCUCUUUUGAUGCCCUCUUCAUCGACCCGAGCAUCGGAUUCAAGUGAAAAGAGAUCAAACCACGAGGGCAUUGGGAAACCACCGUUUAGGGACACCGGCAUCACUUGA